UAUUUAAAAAACUCCAUAGGCAACACGCCCGUAUGGAAGCAGUAUGUAAUUUUAAAAUUCAGCUUUUGUCACAGGAUGAUUAACAGGAUGUAAGUUAUCAAGAAACUUCACAAGAAACCCGCUGUGCCUAACCUUGUUGACCUUUCUUUAUCUGCUUCUCGAAGUACAUAGGUAGCGCUUCUCAACAUUCACGUGCUUUCCGUAAGAGAAAGGUGUCAAUCGAUGAUAAGUUCUGUACGUGGCCACGAGGGAACGUGAUUGUUCGAAAAAGAACUGCCGUGUUUCACAAACUUGCGGUUGCCAGAACAUUUAGGGAAACGCAGCUUUUCAGACACGUGGUUACAACUAGCCAAUAUUUUCAGCAGAAGACAUACAGCAGACAUCUCACAGAAAUGUACUUUAUCAGAUAUUUUCCCUAACUAUCGUUGGACUGGUCUACCUACAAGCUAAAGAUCACCAGUGUUAUGGCAGGUCACCACAACCAGCCUGGAAGUAUAUAUAUUUACAUCGUUCUUGUGACACUAUUCUUCCUGCAGCUGUUAGGUGUUGAAGCUUUAGACUGCUUCAAGUGUGUGUCAAUAGAGGGCGACAACCCUGCGUGUGAAGAUCCCUUUCACAACAACUACACCACCGACGUGUUGGAGUCCCCUUGCUUGGCAGGGCGGAAACAUCGAAACGGACUUUUUCCAGCCACAUCGUGCAUCAAAUUAUCCGGGAAAUACGGAGAUACGGGAGAGUCCAUGAUCGUGCGGGGGUGUGCUCUUGAUAGUGGAACGCUGACGAUUGACACAGAGAUUGUACGGAUGAGUCAUUGCGGUGGUUUCUACUUCGAUGAACGAUACGUCAGUGGCUGUCUACAAAGUUGUUCCGACGAUGCUUGUAAUGGCAGCUUCGCCAUUUUCAAUUUAACGCCCUAUCUACUAACCCUCACACUUUGGAUAGUAAUCGUUCACUAAGCCGAUAAACAUUCCCCAGGAACUAAGCGAACAGUUAAUCCGAUAUCCAUUGAUAUUUUUUUCUUUAAGACUUCACACACUCCGUUUAUAUUUCUAAGAUCUAUUUUUGCUGAUUCGCGAUAUUUGCGAAAGAAAACAAUUUUUUUUAAAGACCCGUAGUUAUUGAUCGCGCUUUUUUAUACUCCUCUUUACAAACUCGGAGGUUUGGCAGUAUUAGUGUUAUUUUCAUUUAAUAUUUCCACUUCCACAUGUAUGGGACACACUUUGUUUUUGAACUCGAAAAGUGUGAUAUUCACCACACAUGAGUUUGUAGUUUUGUCGCACCACGAAGAAAGGGUAUUCCCCCUUUUAAACUUUCCCGAGGUUUAACAGCCACAUAUUUCAGAGAAGUAAUGUAAAACCUAGAAAUAAACUUAUCUUUGGCAGAGUCGUUUAAUAAGAGCGUGGGAGUAAAAGAGAAUGGUAGAAACACCAUUUUAUACCGUGUUCAUUGUCUUAUCGUAGUUAGCUUUAACUAUCAGAGAAGGAGUUAGUUAGUAGAUGUGUCGUAUGGUUAUUUUAUCUCUUGAUAGACAACGCAGUUAGGUUUAACUACCAGAGAAGGAGUUAGUUAGUAGAUGUGUAGUUUGGUUAUUUUAUUUCUUGCUUCAUUAGUUAACCAAAUAAAGUCGGUCAGUAAUUUCUGGUGUUAACAGUAAACUGUGUAAAAGGGACUAUUUUAAAAGUAAACCAAAAUACAACAGAGAAUAAUCUUUCUCUCUGUGUGUGUGUGUAUGUAUGUACGUGGAUGUGUGUUUGCAAUCUCACAUGUGAACUAUAUUUGUAAAUUAAAUUUUCUUUGUUGACAUUUUAUACACAGUUUUUCUGUAAAUGAGUGACUGCAGCCCCCUUAGCUGUGACGUAUAAGUUUCCAUGGUUUCAGAAAUUUCGCCUUGUCUUAGCGCUCAUCAGACAUAUCUUCCAUAUUUGAUGACGAGGAACCCACUUCUCAGAAAAUAAAAGCUAACAGACGGCUUGAAUGGAUAAUGAAAAAACUUGAUUAUAAUUGUACAA